UAUUUCACUCACAGAAAUUAACACAACAUCCAAUCAAACAUCGAGUAGAAGAAGAAUACGGUGAAGCAUGUAGGGCAGGCAACUCUACAAGCAUAGGAACCCUCUUCUUUCCUUACAAUGGAAGGGCCCGCUUUUGACAUUUUUACAAAAUCAAAGAAAAAGCAAAAGGUGGUUUCUUUAUGUGUCUCCCUCUAAAAGAAAACCACUCUUCUCCAUAUCUCUCUUUGUAUAAAUAAUUAACAAUUACCCAAGUCAGUGCUCCACCAUGAUUUCCUAUUUCUUCUUUUUUACCUUCUAUAUGCAUCUUCUUCUCUCUCUAUAUAUUUCUGUCCCACCUCUAACCCAAAAGUCAGCGCCGUCCUUCGUAUUCGCCCUCUUUGAUUACCCAUUUGCUCAAGGAGCAUUGCGAAACUCGAUAGAUUGGUUAUAGUUUCUAGGUAGAUUGAAUGCUCUCCAUGGCUGAGGACUGGGAUCUGUACGCCAUAGUCAGGAGUUGCACUACCUCUGCCGCCAACACUGCAGGUGCGGCCACCUCGAACAUCGAUACCUCCAGUCAAAACGCCAACUUUGAGAACCAUUUGUAUUGCCUAGCCUCUUUGACUUUCGAAGAUGAUGACCCUUUUUCUUUUCCCGACCUUGAGCAGCCUAGAAACAAAGGAUGGCAAGAAUUGCAAGAUUCUUACAAGCCCUUUCUGUCUACCACCACUGUUCAAGGUAAUAUUCGUAGCUCCUCCUCCAUUUUUGAAUUUGGAGGAUUUAGUGGCCAAGAUCAGUCUCAACUUGCACAACAACAGCAGCAACUGCAUCAUCCUCCACCACCACCACCACAACCCACCAAUAUGCCCUUCAGCCUCCGUUUCAAUCAUAGCCAGCCACAAUCCCAACAUGCACAGCAACAGCAAAAUCAAUGGCCAAAAUUGCACCAGCUGGGUUCUCAAAGGCCUGAGACCAGUGCUUCUCUUCUUCCUUUACGAACCACUCAAUCAUCGGCUUCGAGAUCAAGGAAGAAAAAGAGCCAUCAGAAGAGGCAGGUGAUGCAGGUAACAGCAGAGAAUCUCUGCAACGAUGUGUGGGCUUGGCGUAAGUACGGACAGAAACCCAUCAAAGGCUCCCCAUAUCCAAGGAACUACUACAGAUGUAGCAGCUCGAAAGGUUGUGUAGCAAGAAAGCAAGUAGAGAGGAGCAAUACAGAUCCAAAUAUGUUCAUCGUGAGCUACACAGGUGAGCACACCCACCCUCGUCCCACCCACCGAAACUCACUAGCCGGAAGCACCAGAAACAAAUUCCCGGCCAUCCAAAAGCCUCCCAACAAGGAAGCCGAGGAGCCAAGCGCUGAAAAGGAUCCCUGCUCGUCUCCGCUUUCGGCGACAAGUGUCUCUCCAACAACCCCACUGUCAGCUCCAAUGGACCACGAGACAGCGAAUGAGAACAUCAACACAGAUGCUGCAAAAAUGGAUGGAGCUGACAUGGAGGGCCAUCGAAUGGAAAGCGACGACGAGUUUGAUGAGGGCGACGAUGAUAUUCUGAUUCCUAACAUGACCUUCAAUGAAGAUCUAAUUAAGGAUUUGCAAGAGUUGGGUACUGUUGGUGAAGGUCGUUUUCGUAUUCACAGCAGCAGUAGUGAAGGCUUAGGUCACACUCUGGAUUUUGAUGACAACUUCUCCUCUUGGUUCGUUGGUAGCUCAGCCGUCGUAGGGGGUGACUGAUAAAUUUCUCACUAAGCCGGUUUUCUUAAGGGAAAAAAAAAAAAAAAUCAGCUUCAAUCCUUAAUUUAUGUUUUUUUUCCUAUUAUAUAUAUAUAUAUAUAUAUAUAUAUAUAUAUAUAUAUAUAUAUAUAAUUUUGUAGGCAAAGGCAAUAGACAAGGAUAGAAACUAUAGAAUUUUGUGUAACUUUGCUUUCUCUGCCGGUAUAGAUCAUAUACAAAGUGAUAGAACGAAUCUUUCCUUCUCCAAAUUAUGGUUAUGUUUGUCUUUUUCAAA